AUGCAGGAUUGCCACAGCGUGAAAGAUUUCCACAAAAAACUGUUCCUACUUCGAAUGGGAGACUCGCGUUGUUCUUUGAUAAACAGCAAGAUCGGAGACAAAAGUCAGCUACAACAGACUGAAGACGGGGAUGUGUAUGGAUCAGAUCAGGUUGAUGUGCCAAGUGGUCCCAAUACAGAACAAUAUGGAUGCGUAAUUUGGGAAAACGCAUUGAAUUUCAGUAACCAUGGAUGCCGCAAACCGCGAGGUGGACAGCACAUGACUUGGCAGAAAGGCGUCAAAGAGAUCACGAAGAGUUUGGGUGCUGUUGGUGUUGUGCGACUUCCAGGAUGGGGUCCCCGCGACCCCGUCUGUGCUUA